AUGAGCUCUAAAUCCAAUGUUUUGUUGAUCCCUUGGGAUCCCGAGUCUGUUGUUCACAGACAGGCUUUACUAAAGCAGCGGAUCAAGUGUAGUUGGCACAUGGAGAAAGUCGAGCAUCAAUGGCGAGAACUACAAAAGACGGGUGGAAAAUGCAUAUACUGGAUUGUCAUCCCACCCGAUGACUCGCCGACAACUCAGCAAUUGAGGACAUUGCUUGGUCCUAAGGCCGAUGAGACAAUUCAAGACACGGCUACUUCUAUCAAUGCCGUCCCUCGAGAGCCAUCGCAGGCAGUCUUCACUCCAAUUGGACACAUCUCAUUGGACUCGGAAAAUCCAGACGCUAAAGACGUUGAACUAGAUAUUCCUUCAAGUGGCGCAUUUUGGAUCAAGACUUUCUACGUUACUCAGUGUCUACAAAGUCAAGGUAUUGGUCGAGCGGCAAUGGACCAGGUUGAGGAGAUGGCAAUCCGAGAGCCUCUGAAUGCGAAAACCUUGCUUCUCGAUACUGUCGAAAAGGAUGAUCAAAUGCGGGAGGACUUUGCAAUAAUUAGCUAUGGAGCUAUACCAAAGGUCCCAAAUGAGGUCUGGUAUGGCCAAAGGGGAUAUCGUCUCAUUAAAACUGUCCUGAACUUUUACAACAUCAAAGACAAGAAUGACAAGAUUUGGGAUACGAAGACGGUAUUUAUGAGAAAGGAUAUCUUAUAA